GGGGGGUUGAACUGAGCGGAGGUGAAGAAGAGGAGGAUGAAGCUGGGAGCGGAGGAUGGGAGGAAGAGUGGAGUAAGAGACAGGCUGGCUGUGAAUGAGUGAGUGAGGAAGAGGAGAAGGAAGGAAGGAAGGAAGGAAGGUCGUCCGAAAAGGGACCGAAAACAGAAAAAAGGACUUGUGUAUAUUUUUUAAGAGGAGGAGUGGAUAACCUCUGGAGCUAACGGAAACUUUAAACUUUUUUUUUUCUUUUUUUUUUUUUUUUUCUUUUUUUUUUUUUUACCCGCCACGGCUCUCGGCUUGUUGUGCCCGGAGCCGGCUUUGUUUCUCGGUGGGGGUGUCUACGAUAAAUGAAGGAAUAAAAUAGAUCCCCCAUUGACCCUUUUCUACCCGAGCGGGGAAUACCCUGGGACUGCUUUUUGACAGAGGUUACGAGAGAAUGGCGGCCAACAUGUACCGAGUGGGAGAUUACGUGUACUUUGAGAACUCUUCUAGCAACCCUUACCUUAUCCGGAGAAUAGAAGAGCUGAACAAGACAGCGAACGGGAAUGUGGAGGCGAAGGUGGUGUGUCUCUUCAGGAGGCGAGACAUCUCAGGCAACCUCAACACUCUGGCCGACAGCAACGCAAGAGAAUUUGAGGAGGAGUCGAAGCAGCCGACUCUGGCUGAACAACAGAAACACCAGCUGAAACACAGAGAACUCUUCCUGUCUCGACAGUUCGAAUCUCUACCCGCAACUCACAUACGGGGGAAAUGUAACGUCACCCUCCUCAACGAGACCGACGUCCUGGCCGGAUACCUGGAGAAAGAGGACUGUUUCUUCUACUCGUUGGUGUUCGACCCCGUCCAGAAGACGCUGCUGGCCGACCAGGGCGAGAUCCGGGUGGGCUCCAAGUACCAGGCGGAGAUCCCCGACAAGCUAGCGGAGGGAGAAGCCGACACCAGGAUCCAGGAGAAGCUGGAGACCAAGGUCUGGGACCCCAACAACCAGCUCAAAGACCCUCAGAUCGACCAGUUCCUGGUGGUGGCCAGAGCCGUGGGGACGUUCGCUCGCGCCCUGGACUGUAGCAGCUCCAUCCGCCAGCCCAGCCUCCACAUGAGCGCAGCAGCCGCCUCCAGAGACAUCACACUGUUCCACGCUAUGGACACGCUGCAGAAGAACAACUACGACCUGGCCAAGGCCAUGUCCACCCUGGUCCCUCAGGGGGGACCCGUCCUCUGCCGUGACGAGAUGGAGGAGUGGAGCGCCUCCGAGGCCAUGCUGUUUGAGGAAGCCCUGGAGAAGUACGGCAAGGACUUCAACGACAUCCGCCAGGACUUCCUUCCCUGGAAGUCUCUCGCCAGCGUGGUCCAGUUCUACUACAUGUGGAAAACCACCGACCGCUACAUCCAACAGAAGCGACUAAAGGCGGCGGAGGCUGACAGCAAACUGAAGCAGGUGUACAUCCCCACCUACACCAAACCAAACCCCAAUCAGAUCAUGGUGCCGGGAAGCAAACCCGGCAUGAACGGAGCCGCAGGUUUUCAGAAAGGACUCAGCUGUGAGAGCUGCCACACGGCCCAGUCCCCCCAGUGGUACGCCUGGGGCCCCCCCAACAUGCAGUGCCGCCUGUGCGCCUCCUGCUGGAUCUACUGGAAGAAGUACGGUGGCCUGAAGACUCCCACACAGCUGGAGGGAGCAGCCAGAGCCGGCGCUGAGCCGGGCCCCCGCAGUCACAUGACGCGCCAGGAGGUCCAGGGCCUGUCGCCGUUCACCCGCAACGAGGGUCGCGCCAAGCUGCUGGCCAAAAACCGACAGACGUUCAUCCUGCAGACCACCAAGCUGACCCGCGUGGCCCGGAGGGUGUGCGAGGACAUCCUGCAGCCGCGGCGUGCGGCGCGCCGGCCGUACGCCUCCAUCAACGCCAACGCCGUCAAGGCCGAGUGUAUGAUCAGGCUUCCCAAAGCCACGAAAACUCCUAUUAAGAGCAAACUGGUGCCUCGGCAGUCGCUGGCCACCAUCGUGAAGGAUUUAGCCAUCUCAGCCCCUCUGAAACUGAAGGCCUCCAGAGGACCCCCGACACCCAUCAACAGGAACCAGGCCAGCCAGCCCCGAGUGGGCCCCAGCCUGCUGGGGAAGAGGGGCUUCGACAGCACCACGGGCGUCCCCUACCCGGCCAACGGGCGGCCGUACACCUCCGGUAUGAGGACCACCUCCCAGUCCGUCAUCAAGAGGCAGAAGGUCAGCCAGGGGGAGGCCCCCAACCCCGUGGUGUUCGUGGCCACCAAGGACACCAGGGCUCUGAGGAAACACCUGACCCAGUCCGAGAUGCGUCGCGCCGCCAGGAAACCCCACCUCCUGGUCCGGAUCAAGCUGCCCCCCCCACCCCGCUCCCUGGCCAUGCCCCUCAUCCCCCCCAGCAACGAGCCCAUCGUCCUGGAAGACUGAAGACGCAUCAGGGAGGAGGCGGCGGGCGGGUGGGGGUGGGAAGAUGAGAGGGUGGAUGUGGGUGGGUGUUUUUAACAGGACAUGGUGGUUUGGGGGGGAGAAGGGGGGGGGGGUCGUCUUCAUGUCCCUGUUUACAGUGUCAUCUUUAUUUAGUUCUGUUACUGUCCAACACAACACAAAUACACACACACAUACACACCAGCACUUAGACAACUGUACAUUUCAUCUACACACACACACACAGACACACACACACACACUCACGCACACACCUCAGGCUUCAUAGUGAUUCUAUUACAGAUUCUCAGUUUAUUCACUCCCCCCACUCCUCCUCCUCCUCCUCCUCCUCCUCCUCCCUCUUCUUCUUCUCCUUUUUUUUGUUCUCCACCUCCUCCUCCUUCUUCUUCUUCUCUUCUUCCUCCUCUUUUUAUUUUUUAACGCCGCCCGUUUUUAAAUGUGUAACUUAAAUCAAGAUUAUCUCUCUCUCUCAUUCUGAUCCUGAAGCACACACUCGUAUUAUUUCCCCUCCCCUCCACGUCUCCUAUCUGUAAAUAAUCAUAUGCAGCCCCCACAGACUGAGGGGGGAGGAGGGGGGGGUCCCCCCACGGACUGGACCUGGGGGGGGGGGGGGACACACCUGUAGCUGUAGCAGGUUGAAUGUGCGCUUUUGGUUUUAAAAUCUCGCCCCUUUCACACCUCUACAGAUAAAUUCAUUCAUCUUUUUCCCUCUUUUUUUUUGUGGGGGGGGGGGGGUCUAAACCGUUAAUCGUCCUAAAACCCCAAAUGUGUGUUCAGCUUUUAUCUGCCAUCACACUGUUUAAAAAAAUUCAUUUCGUUAACGACACAUUUGGCUCAGAGGAUGAAACUACGUUUAAAUUCAAAGGGUCCCGGGACGUUUCCCUGUGGGACUCCGAAAGUAACGUCUGUUAAAUGCAGCUCGAUUUGCACCAAAAUUCAUGUUCCCGUUAAAAAAAACAAAAAAAAUAAACAAAUACUGCUCGACUCUAACCCAAAUACUCUUCUGUAAAUGUCUCAACUUGUGCUUUCAUUGGCUUUUAUUUUAUUUUUUUUUUAGCCCCCAUCCACCCCCCCCCCCCUCAUUCAUAGCGGGAGCGUUUCUUAAUUGGAUCAUUUAUAAUUCCCUGUGAUCCCUCGUCCCUCGAGGGGUUGAUCCGGUUUUAUAAGCAAGUUUCGGUCCCAAUGUGGGCUUUGUGAUAUUUCUCCAAAAGAAGGAAAGAAAUUGGAAGUGUUGAGUUUGUAGCAAAUAAUAAUAAAUCUGUGUAAAGAAAAGUGGAAAAAAAAAAUAAAUAAAACUGGCAUAUUGCAAACUUUUUUUUUUUUUUUU